AUGGAAUUACAUUUAAUAGUUUCAUAAGUAAACCUCCUUGUAGUAAGUGCUAUUCAAAUGAAGAAUGUAUUGAUUGUAUAGAUGGAUUCUAUUUUGAAGAUAAUAAUAAAUGUCUUUAAUGUGAUUCUAGAUUAAAAUUGUUAAAAUUGCAAUCAAUUUUGUUAAUCUUGUAAUCACUUUAAGGAUGAUCUUUACAAAUGUUAAUCUUGUUUAAGAGGAUAUUAUUUAAUCAAUUAAGAAUGUCAUCAAUUCAAUUCAAUUUUUAAUCUUGCUCAUAAUCAAGUGAUCAAUAUUCAUCUUUAUUAAGGGAUACUUUUUAAUAACAGAUAUGGAAUGUGA